GGAGAUUGGCGCGCGGGCGCGCACGCAGGAGCGUGCUGGGCGGAGUGGGAGGGUCUACGCAGGCGCGCGGGGCAAGGCGAGUGGCAGCUGCUGUGUUUCUUGGAGAACUGUGUGCACCUUGCAGAUUAGGAUGUCCCCUGAAGUUGCUUUGCACAGAAUAUCUCCAGCACUUUCUCCUUUUGUUUCUAAUGUGGUCAGGAAUGGAAAAGUAGGAUUGGAUGCAACUAACUGUUUAAGGAUUACAGAUCUGAAAUCUGGCUGCAUGUCCUUGACUCUUGGGCCCAGCUGUGAUCGCUUUAAGUUGCAUAUUCCAUAUGCUGGAGAAACACUAAAAUGGGAUAUAAUUUUUAAUGCCUACUAUCCAGAACUGCCUCCUGACUUCAUCUUUGGAGAGGAUGCUGAAUUCCUUCCUGAUCCCUCAGCUUUACAUAAUUUGGCCUCAUGGAAUCCCUCGAACCCAGAAUGCCUGCUGCUUGUUGUAAAAGAACUUGUUCAACAAUAUCACCAGUUCCAGUGCAGCAGACUACGUGAGAGCUCUCGCCUCAUGUUUGAAUAUCAAACAUUGCUUGAAGAACCUCAGUAUGGAGAAAACAUGGAAAUUUAUGCUGGCAAAAAGAACAACUGGACUGGUGAAUUGUCAGCUCGUUUCCUUCUGAAAUUGCCGGUGGACUUCAGCAACAUCCCCACUUACCUUCUCAAGGAUGCAAAUGAAGACCCCGGGGAAGAUGUUGCUCUUCUUUCUGUCAGCUUUGAGGAUACAGAAGCUACUCAAGUUUUCCCCAAACUGUAUCUGUCUCCACGAAUCGAACAUGCUCUUGGAGGAUCUUCUGCCCUUCACAUCCCUGCUUUUCCAGGUGGAGGCUGCCUCAUUGAUUACGUACCCCAAGUAUGUCAACUCCUAACCAACAAGGUACAAUAUGUUAUUCAGGGUUACCAUAAGAGAAGAGAGUAUAUUGCAGCGUUUCUUAGUCACUUUGGAACUGGCGUGGUAGAAUACGAUGCUGAGGGUUUCACAAAACUCACCUUGUUACUGAUGUGGAAAGAUUUCUGCUUCCUGGUUCACAUUGACCUCCCACUCUAUUUUCCUCGGGACCAGCCAACAUUAACGUUUCAGUCUGUCUACCACUUCACUAACAGUGGGGAGCUCUAUUCGCAAGCCCAGAAAAACUACCCCUACAGUCCACGUUGGGAUGGCAAUGAGAUGGCCAAAAGAGCAAAGGCUCAUUUCAAAACAUUUGUCCCUCAGUUCCAGGAGGCAGCAUUUGCCAAUGGAAAACUCUAAGAUCAUAAAAGGGGGAGACAACCUCAUCCUGCAAGGAUGCCAACCAGAGUCUUAUGUCAUUGCCUGUCAACAAAUUGCAAGAUGGCUUCCCGCAAGUAGCUUGGACUUCAGUCUCUUGGUGUGUUUUGCCUCUGGGGUGCUGUUGUGAUCACCACAGAUUGAAUUUACUCUUGUCUAUAUGAGGACCUUGGCUGACUAAACAUUUUUUGCUCUAUUUUGCUCAUUUUUCCUACAUGCAAACACAUUUCUUAUUUUAUCUGUGUGAUCAAAAUUAAAAAUAAUUUGCAUA